UUGGCAGGGAAGAGACGUAAUGUUAUUGUUAUGAUCUUUACUUUGCCAUCUCAGCGACGUCCGAGUCUGCGUACUUGCUUAGUCCAUCGGUGAUCACAGAUCACUGACGGGGAACUGACAGCUGUCGGCAACAGGCAAUGUCAGUAUUAUGGCUUUUGUUGGUAUGUCAGUGUGCAUUUUUGGGAAAGGUGUUGAGUUCCCAUCAAGAAUUACGUGGACAGACAGAUGAUCCCACUGACACCCACCAAACCCCAGACAGUUUCCAUGAUAUACCAAGCGAAGCAGAUGUCACUGAUGAUGUUCUUGACAGACACUCCGAGAUAUCCCAUUUUUCCAAGCCAGAGGAAGAGGUUUGCCUAAGUCCAAGAAAUGGGCAAUGUGAAAAGGAAGUUGCCCCUCCUUUUACUGAUAAUGGUGAAGGGAUGCAAGAUUAUCCAGGCCAAGGUAGUGGCAGUGGUGCCCGAGAAUGGAAAAUCAAGAGUUCUGGCUGGUUUUCAGACUGGGAACUGCCAUUUUCAGGAAAGGAAGAGGUUGCAGAUGGAGAGGACAAUUAUGAUGAAAAUAGUUACCUCAAGAAAGAAAGUUCAGUAAAAGUUUUACAUCAGAAAGGAGAUUUUGAGAGGUUUUUAAGACUCGGACAUGUUGUCAUCGUCUUCUUUUAUAAAGAUACCAAAGUCAGUUCAGAGGCUCUGCAUAGAUUCCUUAUUGAGUACGACAUUUCAUCUGAUCAUCUGUUGCAAUAUGGGAUCUACCUUGCUGUGGCUGAUUGCAAUGUAUACAGCAUUGGGGGUUAUUGUAGUUCAGAGAAGGUGAAUCGCUUUGCCUAUGGCUUCAGAGAAGGGCAAGAAAAGAUUGCAUUUCCACUGGACACUCUCUUUAAUAACAAUGCCAUUGUAGCAUCAGCUCUUCACUUGGACUUGAUCAAUGCUGUGCCAAUUCUCCAAACUGCAGGAGAGCGUAGAGAACUUGAGAGACGAUGCAAAGGCCGUUGUGAUAUAAUUUUCUCUUUUCAGCGCACUCUUGGUACUUACGAACACAGAAUGUUCUUAGAAAUAGCACAUGCAUAUCAGGAUAGUUAUGUUUUCGCCAUCACAACGUAUACUGCUGGUACUCUUGGCUUGUCAAAUUCUUUAUCAGAAGAUGGGGAAGAUGUAGAGCAGCGUGUAUGGGUUGUGCACUGUGCUGACAAAUUACCCCAGCAGCAGUGUGUUGUGAGCCACUUCCGACAUAAAAUGUUACUACCAGAGCUCCUGCAGUUCAUAGCUGCUCUUCAGCUUCCAAAAUGGCAUGAUUUGGAUGUCUCUCCUACCAAGAAUGUUGUCAUCACUCCUUAUGAUGGAACAUCACUCCCUUGGGUCCUUCUUAUUUAUGAUUCAUCUUGUAAACACCGUGUUAUUGGCCUUGCACCAGAUCUAGCCCAACUUCUUCAUGGGUCUGUUGCAACAAUAACAGUUGACCUUGAGAGGAUAAAUGAUGACGCACUCGAAUCCCUGGGACUAGAAAGAAACAAAAUUGUUACACCUGCCCUUGCCUUUUUACAUCAAGAACAGGAAAAAGCCGCUCUUCUCAAUGAUUAUGAUGACCCUCUGGAAUGGGUGAAUGAGCAGUUGACUGCAAUAUUUGAAAAGUUGCAAGAUAAAGAGGAAAUUGGAUACCAGCCUGUCCAGGCUUUAGAAGAGUUACUGCAGGAUGAUGAGGUUGUAAUGGGAAUGCAAAGGGAAGAGACAUUUGUUAAUGUACCUCCUCUUAGUGGACCUGAAGCAUUUGCAGCUGCCAUCAAAUCUAAUGCUCUUUCUGUUAUUGCAUUUUAUCUUGCAUGGGAUCCUGUCAGCAGUAUGCUGUUACAGCACAUGAAUGAAAUUGUUCCUGUUCUCCAUCAGUUUGGAAGCAAAGCUUCCUUGCAUCGUGUUAAUUGCUUUGAUUGGCCAAAACUUUGUGAUGGCUUAGGAAUUGCUGGCUAUCCAGAGCUAAGAAUUUACCCUAGAAAAGAAGCAAAUGUUACCUAUAAUGGACAUAUUCAUAGUGAAAGCUUGAUGAAAACAAUUUUGCUGUCUGGAAAUCCCCCUCCCAUAGAAUUAAGAAGUACUGAUGAAGUAGAGAGGUUUUUAGCUCUGCAAACCGACAUGCAUCAAGCUUUCAAUCUAAUUCAGGGGGCAGCUGUUGGAAUAUUCGCCUCCAAUGAAGAUUCAGUACCCUUCAUGGAAGCAGCAGAAUUCCUAAGAUCUAGUCACCUAACUGGACGUUACAUAUCUAAACAAGCUGCUAGUGACAUGUGCAGCAGCGAUUUUGGAUGUGUUCUAGUCAGCAAACCCAAAGAUUUACUUCAGCCUAGGACUGUGUUAGAAACUGGACUUAACAAUUCUUCUAGGAUAACAAUGUUCUUACAGCACUCAACUGAUUUUGUGUUGGCUCCUUUAGAUUUGCAACGGCUGUCAGCCUUAUGGCCAACAAAUGGUUCUGAAGGAUCUUUGCCACUUGGCAGUCAGUAUCUUCUCCUGUUUUUCAUACCAGCUGGUUCAUCUCUGCCUCAUAUUCAGGGAAGUGAAAAACAUUCCAGGAAAUCUGGUGUUGAUAUUGAUGAAAAAGCUGCUCUCAAAGAUGGCAAGUCAUUCAGUAUUGAGGAAGAAAUAUGGGCAGUUCUAGGUCGCCUUGCAACAGAAUUCUCAGAGCCAGGUUUUGUCUUCUCAUGGAUAAAAGGAGAAGACCCUUUGGCAGAGAAAUUAAUUACAACCUAUCAGUUAACAGCCAGCAACUUCAAUUUGGUUGCUGUAAAUUGGAAGCAUGUUGGUGAGAAUGAGGCAAAAGAAGCAAGGAAAAAUUGGGCUUACGUCUACACAUGUCCAGACCUCUCUACCCAAGCAGUCAGGCCUUGGUUAAUAUCAUUAAAGGAAGGUCUUUUGAAACCUUCAGUGGUUUUGGGAGAAAAUGACUGGGAGCCACGUCUACCAGGAUUUGACUUCAUCAAGUUCAUGAUGGAGGAUGAAGACAGAGAUGCAGAAGAUCAACUUAUGAUGGAGAUGGAAAGUGACUUGAGCUCCAAUUCACAACGUGUGCUGUAUUUUCAGGUGAUGAUGGAGAAACCUUGCUCCAUAGCCACAAAGAACUGUGAAUGACGAUUCUUGCUUACAAUGAGACAAUGAGACGACAUUUUCUUCAGUUGAAUGGCAAGAACAGGUUAUAAUAAACAUUGUUCUGAAGAUCUGCUGCUAAUCUCAUAGUCUAGUUGGAGGUUUUCAGCAAGAUAUUAUUCUUGUUACCAAGCUGAAUUUCAUUAAAAACUAUUCUGUGGAGAAUAAAGUUAACAUUAUUUUUGGAGAUGUUGGAAAGGCACACAGAAACCUGUAAGUACUACUUCUAAAGGGACACUUGAGAGUAAGUUGCCAUAUAUGAAUACUGUAUUGUGCAUUGCUGAGUAUUGUUAGAUGCGUAUAGUGUCAAUAUUGACAACAAUCUUUUGGAAGCAGGGAUCCUUUGGUACUGUCAUAGUUCUAUCUCUGAAAAGCCUUUUUGAAAGCUUUGAUUAGUGAGUAAUGUUUGAUUGAACUAUCAUUGUUACCGUAAUUGUAGAGAAUAAAGUUACCAGGUUUAUUGAAAAUUGUCUAGUCUUUAGUUCCUGUAAAGAUCUCACAUGGUAUUUAAAAUUGGUUAUUCUUUGUAUUGUCUUUUCAUAAACAGAUCUCUCACUUUAUCUUUGGAGAUUUGGUAAAUGCAUAUUGCUUUCUUUAAUCAGACAUAUUCUUUGCAUCACAUUUCACCUGGCAUCUAGUGAAUAGCACUGCAUCAUGUAGUUUCUUGUCCUUUAUUGCCAAUUGGUAGCCUUUCUAGCUGCUCAUCCCUCUGCAUUUCUUCAAGUUUUGUCUCUCAAGGUGUUAUCUGUAACCUCUGUCUCAUUUUCCCCUCCCAGUAUUAGCUAGUUUUCCUAGCGAUCUCAAUAAAUUGGAACAUGUUAUCAGUAAUUAUGUUUAGGGCUUUUUUCAUGUACAGGCAGUCCCUGCCUUACAAUGGGGGUUCCAUCUUGAGACAUGUCGUAAGCCGAAAAUUGUCAUAAGCUGGAAACUUGUAAAAAAUCCUAAGAAAACCUUACUUUUAAUGCUUUAGUUUAUAAAAAAUAAAAACUAUGUAGUGCAUUUUUAUUGCAUUUCAUAAAAAGCCUUCAAAUAUUGAUCAUUUUGCAAUUUUUGGAGUCAUAUUUCUUCCGUCAGAUUGGCAUCGUAAGCAGACGGGACCCUGGAACAUGCAUCAUAAACCUGGAAAUAAUUUCUGAUGAAUAUAAUUGAAAAACGUCAUAACUUCUGAACUUCGUUUUAAUAUAUCAUAAUAUUUAAAUGUAGUGCAGUUAGAUCUCUCUCUCUCUCUCUCUCUCUCUCUCUCUCUCUCUCUCUCUCUCUCUCUCUCUCUCUCUCUCUCUCUCAUUUCAUUGUAGUGUGUUAAAUCACUCUCUCUCUCUCUCUGAUAUUUCUUGUAAUAUUUCAUUGUACGUGUAGUGUGGUAAAACUCACUCACUGAUAUUUCUCGUAAUAUUUCAUUGUAGUGUGGUAAAGCUCUCAUAAUUCUUGAAAUAUAUCAUUGUAAUGGGGUAAAACUUCAUCCUCCUCUCUCCC